AUGCAACUGAAAAAACACCGGAAUAACAAUGACAGUCGUUUUUCAAAUUUCAAACUUGACGAAAGAAAUGGUUGCUGGAAAAUGUUUUCAAAAAUUCAAUUUUUUUUGUGUGAUACGAAAGGCAAUGAAAAACCAAAGGCGGAACUUAUCAAGGAUGCUGCAGCAGGAGAACUCUGCAAUGACCGAAAUGUCUCAAAGGGCUAUGUAAACCCGAAGCUGGAGUUUCGCGAUACAAAGACGAAAGGAUACGGCAUAUUCGCCAAAGAAGAUAUUUCAAGUGGAGAAUUCCUGGCUGAGUAUGCUGGAGAGCUGAUCGUGGUUUGGAAAGAAGGAAAUUUGGCCAGUAUUAAAGGAACCCAAUAA